GCUUUCUACACCCACUCCCAGGAACUCAACGUAUGCAGUUACCCAUGACUCGUCAGCAGGGCGUGGCUUGAAAGGGAAGUUCUCUUUUUUGCCUGGUUUUGAAACCAUGGACCAAAAGAUCCCGUAUGAUGACUACCAACUCCCAGUUGUCUUUUUGCCUUCCUACGAGAGUCCCCCAGCAUGGAUAGCCCCGCAGGAGCGGAUCCACCAUCCUGACUACAACAAUGAGCUGACCCAGUUCCUGCCACGCACCAUCGUGUUGAAAAAACCUCCAGGGGCACAGUUAGGCUUCAACAUCCGUGGGGGCAAGGCCUCCCAGCUGGGCAUCUUCAUCUCCAAGGUGGUCCCAGAUUCAGAUGCCCACAGGGCAGAGCUCCAGGAGGGAGAUCAGGUGCUGUCUGUCAAUGAGGUGGACUUCCAGGACAUAGAGCACUCGAGGGCUGUUGAGAUUCUGAAGACUGCCAGAGAGAUUCUGAUGAGGGUGCGCUUCUUUCCCUACAACUACCAGAGACAGAAGGAAAGGACUGUGCACUAGGUGGCAGAAGAGUUACCCGGGAGAGUGAGUGAGACAGUGUCCAUCUCAUAGGAGUUGAUGUCCUUGGUGGAUAGACCUGCACUUCACUAGUGUCCUCCUCCCACAGACAACAGCCCCCGCCCUCUGUUUCAACCUAAGGAUGAACGACCGCAUGACUAACUGGAUCCAUUCACAUUUACACCCCAGGACCAUAUAAAGACGUUGCAUUCCCCCUCUGCAUACUAAACGAUGCACACUGCUUCAGAUGCUGAAAGGAUGUUGUUAUAUCAGGUGUUCACUCACUUACACAAUGAGUCAUUCAUUGAAGACAGAGACUUUUCUCUGGUGUUGAUGCUGACAUGCUUAGUGUUUAUUUUAUAUGUAGGGGACCUGGAGCAUUAUGGUGUGUAAAUAGUAUACAUUAUUUACAGUACUCUGAUAUGUAAACUACAUCAACUGAAGUGCAUGUCAAAGGGACAUAUUCUUAAGGGAAAUUAGAAUCACUGAAUAUGCCAUCAAAGGAUUGAGUGAUGACAGGAAUAAAGCUUGCAGCCCUUUAUUUUAAUUUUAUAAAAA